UCUAAUCUCUUGUGUAAUGUAUUUGAUCAGUAGAUGGCUACAGUAUCUGUAGUGUUGAUACCUUGAAACUCUUGUUGUUUAUUUUUAUGUUUGUUGAUUUUUCGGAAUAAUUUUUUCUUUUUUCUUUUCUUUUCUCAAACUCUCUCAUUUGUUUUGUCUCUUUUUCUCUUUACUUUGUUUUAUUGCUUCGUUUCUACCUUGUUAUUUAUUUCCAUUGGAAUUGGUUAUUCUCAUCUUGUUGUCUCUCUUUCUCUCUCCUUGAUUGGCUCCUGUGUUCUCUAUGUUUACUGGACUUUUCGUCUUCGUCUCUGUUACUUCUCCAUGGCUGAAAGUGAUAGGCCAUCGUCUUCGUCUUCUUCUGGUGACCGAUACCAUGGUGGUGGUAAAAGGAUCCCUUUGAAACAAUCUCGGAGUGUUGAUGCUGCUUCUUGUAUGUUCGAGAUGGAAGGACUUGACUUUGAUGAUGAUGAAGAUCGUCUUGAUUCCUCGGGUAAUAAUAAUUAUCCCAUCAAAUCAUUUGCUAAUAAUCGUAAAAGUGACUCAAAUGAAGGUGGCCGUCGACGACGAAUCGGUGUUACAAGUAUUGACAGAGAUGAUGAAGACUUUAAUAACAAUACUAAUGACAGUAAUGAUGAAAAUAAUGAUGACAAUGGUGAAGAGAGCAAUAUUAAUAAGAGAAAUAACAAUAACAGUAGAAAUAGGAGAAUUCAAAAUAAAAGAAAUGCUGAUGAUGAUUUUACUGAUGAAGAUAAUGAUGAUAAUGAAGAUGAAGACGACGACGACGAUAAUGAUGAUGAUGAUGAUGACAGCGAUACAAGGAAUAUGUUCCAGCGAAUGAACUUAAAUUCAAAGUGUACCAGACAAUUUGCCACUUCCUUACCCAUUCAAGUGCCUCUGUGGAAAACAUCCCCCCUUAAUCAAGAGACUGACGAUACUGAUACUGAACAAAAUAUUACAUGUGAUGAGGAUCCAAGGAAAAUAGCGGAAAGUUUUCGUGCAUUGGCCUGGAGUGUUAAAGAUGGAACCACCGAAAUGUUUGGAGCUCUUCCUCGUCAUCGUCUCAAAUCAAGGCCCAUCUAACGGAAGAUUUAACCUUUUGAUUUGAGAGAUUUGUUUACUUCGAGUUUUUUUCACACUUAAACCCACUUUAUCUUUAAACUUUUUUUCAUCCACUUUUUUUGCUCGGCCUCGAUAAAUUGUCUAUUAUCUCUUACUACUAUUACUAUCACAAACCACACUUUUGCCUUCAAAUCUCACCCCUUUUCAACAUCUAAUUGUCCAACAUAUAUAUGUAAAUGUUAACAAAAAAAUGUUCAGUGCAAAUCGUCAAAUCAACUGAUUGAACAUAAAACUUCAAACUGAUUGCUAAGGAAUCCAAAUGGAUUGAAGAACGAUGGAAAAACAACAACAAUCAACCUGAGAAUUGGAUGAAUUUCAACAGAUACAGAAGAAGAAAGCAAAAAAAGAAAAGGAAAACAGAAAACAAGAAAGAAGAUGAAUACACGUACAAUCUACCAACACCAACAGCAACACCAUUACAACAACAACAUAAAUAAGUUGAAAAACAUCUUCCAGUUCAUUAAACCAAAAUCUAUAGGGAAACAAAUUAAACAGCAAGACUUUUUCUUCCACUUUA